AGCGCGCCAAAUUUGCCGCUUGAAAUAAGAGCGGCGAGUUCGUGCACCCGUCGGAGUCGUCUCCUCGCCGCCGCAAACCUCUCUCAGCAAGAAGCAAAUAAAAAUCGGAACAUUUCACGAGACACGAUUGUUUUAGUCUUCAAAAAUGGUGCGAACCAAAGCGGACGGGGGUUUCAGAAAAGUGAUUGCAGCAAGAGCGCCACGGAAAAACUUCACAGCACCCCCAACCUCUCCUGGGUCAAGCAACGGAUCACCGGGAAAUAAAUAUGGUGGUGGAAACUCCGUGUGCCCGAGACCUACACCAACGUGGCAGAAGGGAAUUGGCGAAUUCUUUGCGUCUCCAACCAAAGCCAGUAACAAAGAGAAUCGUGUUCCCGAUGGGUCCAUCUCUGGAAAGAGUGGAGCAGGUUCCAGUAAGGCGAGCAGGUAUUCAGAAGCUGGGCCUUCCAGCAGCAAGGGAGACUGCUCACUUGAAGAUUCUGAUGAUUAAUGACAAUAUUUUUUUUAAUUAAUGUGUGUGUAUAUAUAUAGUGGUAUUUGUAAAUAACCACACUUUUACAAUAUGCAAUUCAGUUUGUUCACCUUUAACUGAUGGAAGACCAAUAAAGUACAUUUUACAAAAACGUA